AUGAACACCUUGGUGGUGCAUCCCAAGGGACAUUUCAGAUUGCCGCAUGUCUCCAGAUGUGCUCUGGCACUCCCACCCAGAGUGCCUGUACAAGCUGAUGCACGGAGGAUUCCAGUCGCUGGUCUUUGUGCAACUUUUCCACUGAUAGCUGGUCGAGCAAGGACCAGACGAUCUGCAACUGCUGAGUCAAGAAAUCAAGCAUUACAGUUUGAACUACUCAAGCAUGGAAUAACUUUUGAAGACUUGGACCGACCACCACAUGAUCCACUACUGUAUCCAGCAGUGCGGUGUUGCAAGGCUUUUGUUUGCCCAUCAAACAAGCAUGCAUUGGAAGUGGCUUGCCGACCUGGUCGUGCAGUUCAAGUUGCCAAUGAUGUUGCUCGUUUGGUUCGCGAUGCACAAAAGGCUUCUGCGGCAUGGACAGAGCGGAAAGAGGCUCAGAAAAACAUCCAAGAUACAGAAAGGAUCACUUUCAAGCCUCUCACACCUCCUUUGAUUCUGGUUCUGGAUUGUAUUCGCUCCACUCGGAAUGUAGGUUCUCUACUUCGCAGUUGUGCUCUGGUGGGUGCCUCUGUGGUCUUUUGCGGGAUUACUCCAGCACCACCAAUGCCAGCUGUAUUGAAAUCGGCUGGAGAGGCUGCUGCUUUGGUCCCAAGCAGCUUCGCAGUUUCUGGGAAAGACGCUGUUCUUCGACUACAACGCGAGGGGUUUCAGGUCUGGGCUUUGGAGACCACAUCGCACGCAAAAGAAUUGGAGACCACCGAGUUCCCGGACGGACCUCUCGCCCUGGUCCUUGGGCAUGAAAGCUAUGGCGUUUCGGCAAGUGCUCUAAAGGCCUGCGAUGAGCAUGUGUGCAUUACCACGGUGGGCAUCAAGAACUCGCUCAAUGUGGCUGUUGCGGGGAGCAUUGCCCUCUUCGAGGUUGCGGAACAGAGAUCGCAGUAG